AUUCCAAGACCUCUAAUGGCUAUGUUUUUCCAUCCUUUUGCAGACUUGCUUCCAAUAGCAGAGAGAAUGGCAACAGUGAAGCACAAAAUACUGGUUUUGUCGGGCAAGGGAGGGGUUGGCAAGAGCACAUUUUCUGCUCAGCUCUCAUUUGCCUUAGCCGCCAUGGAUUACCAGGUCGGUUUACUUGACAUAGACAUCUGUGGACCGAGUAUACCAAAAAUGCUUGGCCUAGAAGGGCAAGACAUCCAUCAGAGCAAUCUUGGAUGGUCUCCUUGUUACGUUGAGUCCAACCUUGGUGUUAUGUCAAUUGGUUUCAUGCUUCCUAACCCAGAUGAAGCUGUCAUCUGGAGGGGCCCUCGCAAGAAUGGUCUUAUCAAGCAGUUUCUCAAGGAUGUGUAUUGGGGAGAGCUUGAUUAUCUUGUGGUUGAUGCUCCACCGGGCACUUCUGAUGAACACAUUUCAAUUGUUCAAUGCCUUCUGGAGACUGGCAUAGAUGGUGCCAUUAUUGUCACAACUCCACAGCAAGUAUCUUUGAUUGAUGUACGGAAAGAAGUAAGCUUCUGCAAAAAAGUUGGAAUUAAUGUCCUUGGGGUGGUAGAGAACAUGAGUGGCUUAUGCCAACCAUUGAGAGAUAUCAAAUUCUUGAAGCCGUCAGGUACUAGUGAACAGAGUGAUGUCACCGAAUGGGCUUUGCAAUACAUGAAAGAGAGAGCACCAGAGUUGCUGAAUUUAAUGGCAUAUAGCGAAGUUUUUGACAGUAGUGGUGGUGGUGCCAUGAAGAUGUGUCAAGAAAUGGGGGUCCCUUUUCUAGGUAAAGUGCCAUUGGAUCCCCAACUAUGCAAGGCAGCUGAAGAAGGCAAAUCCUGUUUUGAAGAUCAGAAAUGCACUGCGAGUGCUCCUGCACUAAAGAGCAUCAUAGAAAAACUUAUCCCGAAAAGAGCAGCAGAGAAUGGUGUAUAGAGUAUAUCUUUUGUCUGUUUUGUUAAGUUAAGGAUAGUCUUUUUGUUGAAUGUGAGCAUAUCCAUAUGAAUGCCCGACCCUUUCUUUGCUUUGUGUAAUUGGUUUGACUAUAUAUGUUUUUACCCUACUUGUAUCAAUUUUUGCUAAUUAAACAAAAUCCGACACAUUACCUGCUUUGACUAUAUCUAUUGCUAUCAAUGCUGAGUUUAAUUUUAAUUUUUA